AUGUGUCUGUCACUACUUCAAAGAAACACCAACACAUUACCUAGUGUUAAAAAAAGAGGUAGAAGAAACCAAACCGAACCAGGAAGGUUUCUUGUUGUUAGAAGAAGACCUUGGGGUAGAUACGUUGCUGAAAUCAAAGAACCUGCAACCAAAGAAAGACAUUGGCUUGGUACUUUUAAUACUACUCAAGAAGCUUCUCUUGCUUAUGAUAGAGCUGCCAUUUCCAUGAAAGGAAACCAAGCUAGAACAAAUUUCAUUUACACUGAUACUAUAAACUUUCACUCUCUUGUUUCUUCUCCUAUUGAUGUUGAUAAAACUGCCUUUUUUUAUGAUGACAAAACUUGA